GUUGACUAGUUCUGACUUCUGGACCCUCGGGGAUAGGAUUUAAUUUUUAUAAGAAAGAAAAUAAGGGAAGUGUUUUAAAUUUACUCCGUAAAGUAAAGAAAAAAAAAUGAAUGUGAAAUUUAUUUUGUAAUGACCUGAAUUCAAUAAUUGUAUUGAACGAUUUUACCUCCCAUUACAAGAAUUUGGUCCACAUGCGCCAUUCUAUAUGGGCGGGUUUGUUAUAUGGCCCAAGUCACUCCAGUUUCGUUACCCCGAAACGCUGCGAGAGCCGGCGCAAAUCAGCACCAUUCGCCGCCGUGACCCGCCGCAUCAUGUCCGAGCUGCAGCCCUUCUCGUCAUGCCUAUAAGAGAUCUGACCCUUCGACGCAUCAAUACGGUCAUUUUCCAUCAUCCGAAGCUCUUCCGCGACCUAAUCGCUGUUCCACCUCUGAGCAACGGGAUGGCCGAUAAGGCGAAGAAGGAAGCCCCCUCAGAUCCAGAAACGGCUGAUACGAAGCAUUUUGUGGCGGAGAAGGCGCCGGAGGAGCCAAGGAAAUCAAUUCCUCCGCCGCCUGAGAAGCCGUUGCCGGGCGAUUGCUGCGGCAGUGGAUGCGUCAGAUGCGUUUGGGAUGUUUACUACGAGGAAUUGGAAGAGUACAACAAGAGUCACAAGAACAGCCCCGAUUCUUCUGUUAAACCCUCUUCGAGUAUUUGAUCUUUGUGCAUCUCCUUUAUCAUAUCUGGAUUGAAAUUAGUUCAUUGUCCUGGAGUUUAUUUCUUCAAUCUUCAUAAAGCUCCAGAAAUUCAAUGGAGUUUACCCUCCAUACACUGCAUUAGGAUCAUCAAGGGUCUCAUUUCGGCCGGGAUGAUUGCCAUUGAUACAUAUGAGCUGAAUGAAGGUUGUUGGUUUGUGAACCUUUAACCUUAGCCUCUUCGAGACCACGUUCUUCAGUGCCGUCUGAUGAUUCUUGGCUCUCAAACACUUGGAAUUUCUUGAUCUGCCAUUUGUUUAACAUUAAUCUCAGAGAGAGUCUUCCAUGGCAAUGCUAGCUUUUUCAUGGAAGCACAGAGGGUUGAUCCCUUGAUGUUAUCUUGGGAUUGAUUGUUACUUAUGCAGGCGUGGAAAGGAUCAGAAGCUCAAACCAGCUCUGAGAGAGGCGUUGAUAGCAUCUCCAACACUAUUAGGUUCAUUUAGUUUGCUUUUGGUACAAAGAGGUCCCAAACUUUUAUCUCAUUUUUUAUCAAUUUAGGAUCUUCAUGCUACCCAAAUUUACUUUAAUCCCUCGGCCCCAAAAUGAGGUUUAACAUUAUACGGACUAUUGUUUUGUGAGUCACACAUAUUUCUUUCUUUAAUAGGCAGGGAAGGACAUGCCCAUUGCUUAUGGAGCUAAAAUAGUCGUAACUGACAAUGUUCUCCCUUCGGGUAAACAAUGGUCUAAAUUGUAUACUUGUGUGAUAAGAAGGCAAAGAACUGUAUACUUUAUUUUGGGAGACUCAAAGAAACAAAAAUGUAAGCUUUAU